UGAAGAUAGCUGAAAUGGAGAAGGUUUCUCUGAGGUGAUUUAUUGUAGUGAUUAAUAUAUGAUUAAAAUUGAUAAUAGUACCAUUUCCUAAUUUUAAAAAGACAUGUAUGCUUUUAGAAAAGUUUUCAGCCAUGAAAACAUUUUGUGUUCGGCGUGUCAGUAGUCUAGAAUAACACAUAAGUGCAGUGUAUAGUCCAAAAUUUAGUAAAUUAAUCCGUUAUAAAGGUCUCGCGCACAAAAUUUUACAUUUUGUCGAGUUAGUUUAAAUGCUAAUGUAAAAUUAUGUAUAAUUAGCUUUACAGUCUAAAUUUGUGUCAUUUCUGUUAUACAAAUCAGAAAAUUAAGAUUAUACAAACGGCAUUUGGUUUCAUUCUAGUGACGGUUGACGGUUAGCCCUGUUAGCAUGAGACGUUGCCCUGAGUUCACUGUGUGUGUGUGUGUGUGAGUGAGUGUGUGUAUGGUUUGUGUUUUCUGCAGGACAUUUCUGAAGAAAUGAGGUAUAAACUGGGUCACAGAAGCUCUUGAGAGUCCAUAUUUGUGGUGAGAUGGUGUAAAGAACAGCUGUCUCUACAGAGCUGUGAAGGACAGUCGGGGUGAUGCUGUGAGAAGUUAACGGUAUGAUAACCCCACAACCCAGUUUUCGGAAGUCGCUUGGCUCGAUUCGGAUGGAGGUGUGUGUUUGUUUUUGGACCUUGCUGGUGUGCUUUGAGGAAGGACAGAGAAGGGACAGUUGGAUGUGACUGCAGCUUCAUCAGAGCAGUAAGACUCAUCGGAGCAGGAGAGAGGAGGACAGCUGAGAGUGUGACUUUGACUCCUCUGAGGAGGAAAGGUGGAGAAAAAGUCAGCAGUUGGAGUUUCUGGAAUUAAUUUUGCAUCAGCCCUUGUUGGAUGCGCUGAGUUUGUCCAGACUCGGAGGCUGAAGCCGGGUUCCCAACUCUGGAUCCUGGGCUCCAUCCCUGCUAAACCCUCUACCUCUCCUUUCCAGGAGUGCAAAGACCUGAAGGAGCCCACUAUCCAUCAGACUCCUAACGAGCGUCACUGCACUGACCAUGUACCCACAGGGUAGACACCCGGUUCCACUGCAGCCUGGCCAGUCCUUCAAGUUCACUGUGCUGGAGACGCUGGACCGGAUUAAAGAGGAGUUCCAGUUCCUCCAGGCCCAGUAUCACAGUCUGAAGCUGGAGUGUGAGAAGCUGGCCAGUGAGAAGACCGAGAUGCAGAGGCACUACAUCAUGUACUAUGAGAUGUCCUACGGACUUAACAUAGAGAUGCACAAACAGGCGGAGAUUGUAAAGCGGCUCAGCGCUAUCUGUGCUCAGAUCAUCCCUUUCCUCUCUCAGGAGCACCAGCAGCAGGUGGUGCAGGCUGUGGAGCGGGCUAAGCAGGUCACCAUGGCAGAACUCAACGCCAUCAUUGGGCAGCAGCAGCUUCAGCACCUGUCUCACCACACCCCAGGCAUCCCGCUAACCCCCCACCCAUCAGGCCUGGCACUGGGGGGAGCCUCGGGCCUGUUGGCUCUGACUGGGGCGCUCGGCGUCUCUGCUCACCUGAGCAGCAAGGAUGAACGCAACCACCUGGAUGCCGAGCAUCUUCGAGAGGGUGCACCCAGCAGGAGUAAGUCUGUGUCAUCAACAGACAGUCAAGCGAUAGAGGAGCGUCAGGGCCCCUCAGGAGUCUUCCCCUCUCACACCAGCAAUGACGCCAAGAGGAGGCGCUGUGAUGAUAAAGAUGGCCCAUCACAUUAUGACAGUGAUGGGGACAAGAGUGAAGACAACCUAGUGGUAGAUGUCUCUAAUGAGGACCCUUCCUCUCCCGUGGGCAGCACCCCCCACUCUCCUCAUGGAAACGGCUUAGACAGAGCACCUACGCUGAGGAAGGAGCUCCCCAGAUCCCCAAGUCUCCCUCCCGCCCCCUCACCUCCAGAUCACAGCCCUGCUCCAGGCAAGGGCAAGGACCCAGCACAGUCAGAGAAAUGUCAGUCACCAUCUUCUAAGUCAGGCAGUAGCUCCCCCUCGCACCGCGAGGCCCUCACCCCUGGACCCAGCACUUCCUGUCUACGGCUAGUCACUAAGCCUGUGUCCUCAGCAGAUCCUAUGGCAGCUUUGCGCAGUCCUCUGUCCAUGACAUCAGCUUCUUACCCAGCUCAUUUUGGUGUCGUGUCUCAUGCCGGACUGAAUGGAGAGCUGGCCAGUCCAGGCAGCUUUGGUGGCUCAAUCACUCUCUCACCCCAGAUCAGUACUGCAGCUAGUGCCUACACACGCAGCCCCAUGGUGGCUUAUGAAUCACGCUCUCACCUCAGGCCCUCAGGGCUGUCCUCCUCUCUGCCUGGCUCCAGUGGGGGCAAGCCUGCGUACUCGUUCCAUGUGAGUGCAGAUGGACAGAUGCAGCCUGUACCCUUCCCUCCUGAUGCUCUCCUGGGCCCGGGCAUCCCUCGCCACGCCCGCCAGAUCCACACACUCAGCCAUGGAGAGGUGGUGUGUGCCGUCACCAUCAGCACCUCCACACGCCACGUCUACACUGGCGGCAAAGGCUGUGUCAAAGUGUGGGACAUCAGCCAGCCGGGCAGCAAGAGCCCCAUGGCCCAACUCGACUGUCUGAACAGGGACAACUACAUCCGCUCAUGCAAGCUCCUCCCAGAUGGGAGAACUUUGAUAGUUGGAGGUGAAGCCAGCACUCUGUCCAUCUGGGACUUGGCCACGCCCACUCCACGCAUCAAGGCGGAGUUGACCUCCUCGGCUCCGGCGUGCUACGCGCUGGCCAUCAGUCCAGACAACAAGGUCUGUUUCUCCUGCUGCAGCGACGGCAACAUCGUCGUGUGGGACCUUCACAACCAGACACUCGUCAGGCAGUUCCAGGGCCACACUGAUGGAGCCAGCUGCAUCGACAUCUCCAACGACGGGACCAAACUGUGGACUGGGGGACUCGACAACACGGUGCGCUGCUGGGACCUGAGAGAGGGCCGCCAGCUCCAGCAGCACGACUUCACCUCCCAGAUAUUCUCUCUGGGCUACUGUCCUACAGGAGAGUGGCUGGCAGUGGGCAUGGAGAGCAGUAAUGUGGAAGUAUUGCAUGUCUCCAAACCAGACAAGUACCAGCUGCACCUUCACGAGAGCUGUGUGCUGUCACUCAAGUUCGCCUACUGUGGUAAAUGGUUUGUGAGCACAGGAAAAGACAAUCUGUUAAACGCAUGGAGAACGCCGUAUGGAGCAAGCAUCUUCCAGUCCAAGGAGUCCUCAUCCGUCCUGAGCUGCGACGUCUCACCAGAUGAUAAGUAUAUAGUCACUGGCUCUGGAGAUAAGAAAGCUACUGUGUACGAGGUGGUCUACUGAGCACAUGAGAGAGGAGCGAGAUGGAUGGAUGGAUGCAUGGAUGGAUAAAAUGGAAGAAAGUAUGAGCUGAAAGAAAAGCACUUACCAGGAGCUCAUUCAUGGCAGCUGUGGUGGGCAACCAUGGGUGCUCUUUCCAAACAGUAUUCCCCUCCAUCGUCUCUCAAGUACCAUUAAACCCCAUCCCCAUCCCCAUUCCAUCCCCCUAUAAGCAGGAAAGAGAGAGAGAAGAUAGAGAGGGAUAAACAGAAAGAAUAAACAGAGGGAGUAUAAUUAGCACAGUGUCUAGAUGAAACGCCCAGCGGCGAGGAGAAAGCUCACAGGAGAAGAGGUAAGCACUUAGGGAGCUGCAGCUCACACAAACACAGAUAGCAGACAAUCAAUACAUUCCUGUAAAAAAAAAAAACUCACACUGUAAUGAGCCCAAAUGCAACAGAGCUCGUUACACAACACCUCAGAGAGCAGAAUAACUGGACUGCAGCAUAGUGCUGACUCUGGCUUGAGAAACCUGCACCACCAUGUCUGCACCACUCCAAUUAAACAUGCAUAUGGCAAUUCCCAACUGAAUUCUGCAUCGUGCGUUUCCCUCUCUUGUGAGAGACUCCCUAGAGACUCUAAUGAGGAGCAGCUGGACCUCUCAGUGGGUUUCAUGUUGAAAACAUUAAACAACAGCAUUUUCCUUUUUUAAUUCCAGAGAAUGAGUAUAUGUGCAGAACACUUAAGCAUACAUGAGUUGAGAAAAAGAUUGAUUAUGUGUUCUGGAAAUCCCCUGAAUGAGAACUACAGUUUUGUGUUUAUGUUCCUGCAACUCUGCAGGAUCCGUGACCAUUUUAUGUUAAGUAACCGAAGUGAUGCAAACUGUGCAUCUGACAUUUCAGAAGCUGGAAAACAUAUAGGGCAUUCCACUAACAGCAUGUACAAAACUGUAAAAUCGAAUGCACUUUGGAAACGUUCCACUUUGACAGUCAUGCCGCUUCACAUAAUAGCAAUAGCUUUUUAGCUAAAAGCAGAUUUUUGUAUCAUGCCAGGCAAGAUGGUUAGUUAUUCUGUGAAGCUUGACCAAUCAGCAGUGUAAAAUAUCACUGCUAGGGGUGAAACAAUUGGACAAUUUGGAGUGAUUAAUUGAUUUAAAUGCCAAUGAUUGCAAGGAAUCGAGGCAACAAAGAGAAAUCAAUUUUUAUAGAUUAUAAUUGAUUACAGGACAGACAACUGAUGUAUAAAAAUAAUUUAUGUUUUACACUGAUGUUACUGGAGGCCUACUCCAGAUUCUGAACAAAGUUGGUCACAUAUCAUUCACAGGUUAAUAUAUUGUAUCUUAGGAGAUUCAGUGGUUGCCUUAAGAAUCAAAAUCAUAUCAUAUCAUGUGGAAGCCUGGGGUUUAAACCUCUAAUCACUAUCUCCUGGUCUGCAGAAAAGUACUCACUCUGAAGCAGGAACUAAAACGGUUCCUGGAUAUUUAGCCCAGAAUCUAAAAUUGUCCCUGACUCCUCAUGGUGUAAAUGCACCUAAAGUACUUGAGUUCCUGGAAAAGUUCUUGCACUCCUAAAUUUUUUUUAUUUACUCCAGUGGAAAGACAUUGGUUCACAUUGCAAGUCUUAUUCUUCACUUUUGAUUUUUUGCUUGGUGGUGCAGUGGGGAGUAUUGCCACCUCACAGCUCCAGGGUCCUGGGUUACCGAUCCUGAGCCCUGGUUACUGUCUGUACUGAGCUUCACAUGUUCUCCCCACAUCUGUGUGGGUUUCCUCCCAAAAACAUGCCAGGAAGUAUACUGGUUAUGCUAAAUUGCCCCUAGAUGUGAGUAUGUGUGUGCAUGUUGCCCUGUGAUGGACUGAGCAUAUUCCCGCCUCAUGCCCAGUGUUCCCGGGAUAGGCUCUGGAUCCACAGCAGUUAAUGAAGCUGAGUGAAUGAUGAGACCAAUGUUUCUGGCUUGGUGGUUCACAUUCAUGUUUGUAUGUUUGUGAUCUAUCACUAGUGUGAACAAGCCUCUGCCCUGAAAUGAGCACUUUUCCAAAUCAGUAAUUCACAUGCACAUCAACAAUGGCAAAAAAUAAAUAUCAUAAUCCAUCAUUUUAGUAGCUCUGAAAUGGACAGUCUUAAUUAGAUAGAUGAUUUGCUCUAAAGGUCAGCCUCAGCUAAUCAGCUUCAAGAAGGCAAAAAAGGGCAGAAGCUGGUUUGCAGCUUUUACUGGCACUGAGACAGACAGCAGUGAUAUAUGCAUGCAGAGUGCUGUAAUAUAAAAAAAGACACGGGUUCUGAUCUGACUGGUGUCAUUAAGUUGCAGACCUUGUAUCAGAUAUGUAGGACAUGUGAAAGUGAACUGAAAUACAAAAAGCCCAAAAUGUCGCUUAUAACAUUUAUAACAACAUGCUAUCAUAAAUAAUAAUCAUCCCUGCAGUCAAAUUUAGACUUGUUUGUAGAUGCCCUGUGUUACAUCCCCGAUGUAUCCCUUUAUCUUGAAGAGCUAUGGUUGCCCACCCAACCUGUGAUGUCUGAAAGCAAUCCUCAACCUGCUGGGGAAAAGAUUUUGUGCUUUUAAUUUGCUAAACAUGUUUCCAGGGUUUGUUUUUCACGUUUAUCUGAUCUGUGAAUCAGAAGGCCUGUCUUGGAAUCUGAAAUAAUCUUUUGCUUGCAACCUUUCCAACACAAAACAAACUGUAACAUUUUUUUGUAAUGAAAAUAAGUAAUAGUGCUACAACAGUGUUUUGUUCUGUUUAUUGUUAUGCAUAUAGUGUAUUUCCUCCUUUCUAUAAAUGGCUGAGAUGACGGCUGCCCAAAGAUGUUGGGAUUUUAGUCUUGCGCAAUCCAGACCAUCUCCACUGCCUUAUCAUCACAUCUUACCUGUAAUGGGAAUUACAUCACAUCUGAUCAUGCUAUGGGAAUAUCUGUAUCUAAUGCUGCCUAAGGCUUUGUUUCUAUACUGAAAACAGUGUACAGUGUCCAGCAAUCUCGCUCUGAAGCCAAGGACUUUUUUCCAGUUGUGAUAUCCCUCUGUAGCACUUCAUAUGAAAUGUACCAGACAUGCAUAUAAAGACAAUUAAACUUGUGGUCAUCUUUUGA